CUCCGACGAAACAUAACGAGCACGUUUUGUAGAUGGAUUGAAACGAUCGGUUGACAUGACACGUUCGUCCUGUACUAUCCAGGUGAAGUUGACUGUGGAAAGACCUGUGACUGUGAAUUCAGGAUGCGUUGGUCUUAGUGGGCUGUGGUGAUGCAGAGGGAGGGAGGGGUGAGUCCAGCCUCCAUCAGGGGCCCCCUAUCACCCCCACAGUCAGCCAUGACACCCAGACGCACUACCAUUCUGUUGCUGGCUCCCCUCAAGAAGAUGAGUGGGAAUUACUCCACAGCUGUGAGGCUCAGAUAUCACUUUGAGAAUGCUGGUUACCAGUGCCUUAUGGAAGAGACUAAGACAUUUUUGAACAAUCAGUCUUUCCAGGAGUACAUAUCAACCAGACAUGUGAAGUUUGUUCUUAGUCUGCAUGCCUACCACUCAGGUAUCAUACUCACAGGCUGCCCCGUCCCUUAUGCUGUGAUUCUGGGAGGUACAGAUGUUCAUGACUAUAGUAAAGAUCCAGAGAAGUUUGAGCUGAUGAGGACAGUUCUGCAUAGAGCCAGUUGUCCAGUACAAUACCUUCCUAUGUUCCAAAGAAACCCUGAAACACCUAAAAUCAGUAGACCAGAAAUUUCUUGUUCAGAUAUUGCCAUUAUUCCACAAGCUGUCUGCACCUGCCCAUCCAGUUUUUCCCUGCAGAACUACUUCAGGCGUAUGGGUGUCAUGACCUUCAAGGGUCAAACUGAUGUGGUGACCUCUGGAGGUCAGACUGAUGUGGUGACCUCUGGAACUCAGACUGAUGUGGUGACCUCUGGAGGUCCGACAGGCAUCUCAGAGGUCAGCAUCUUCCUAGUGGUGGGAGGAAUUCGGGCUGUCAAGGACCCUCUGUUUCUGAUCCAGGCUUUCUCAGACUGGCAUGUGAACAAUGAACAGUCUGCCUACCUGGUUUUCCUUGGUCCUAAGAUUGAGGAGGACUACUGUCAAAAGUUCAUUCAGGAAGUUGACAGGUCCCCAGGUGUGGCAUACAUUGAUGGGGUGCAGUUAGAGGACACCCACGCCGCCAUCAGGGAUAGUGUAGCACUGGUCAACUCGUCUAGGAGCGAGGGCAUGGCGUCCGCCAUACUGGAGGCCAUGGAUGUCGGUACAGUUGUAAUUGCCCGGGACAUACCCGCUAACUGUGACCUAAUUGAGCAUGGGCAUAACGGACUUCUCUUCCACAGUCCACAGGACUUUGUAAAGCUGGCUGAACUCUUGCUUACUUCCCCUGAUGUGAGAGCUCGCUUGACAAAGAGGGCAAAAGAGCAAGUAGUUAGCAGACAUUCCAUGGCAACUGAGCAAUCAGCCUACCUCUCACUGGUGCAGAAAUUUGCAGUAUAAGUCAAGGAAAUUACAAACUCGUAAGAAGAGGGAUUAAGAAGGAUUAAAGUCCAGAAUUUGAAGUGCACAUAUUUUGUAAUUUAUUGACAGAUGAGACCAUAAAAUAUGCUUGUAUUUAUCAAUGUUCAUAUUUACUGUUACAAUAUUUUAAGCGAUAAAAUUUUUACAAAGUUCUGAAAAAAUAUGGUGCAUAUGUUUACACAGAUGUAUAUAUUACAAUAUCUCCACAAAUAUUUAAGCAUGUGAGAUGACUGGGUCAUGAGGGUUGAAGCCUUUAGUUCCAGAAACACAUGCCUUGUUGAAGUGACAAAUGAGACUGACAAUAAUUUUGAUCCCAGUUUCAGAGAAAUCAAAAAUUUGCUAUGUUCACAUAUUGCAUGUAAAUGUCAGCAAAUCUUCAUAAACUGUUCACAACAUCAGACAGCUUUUUCAUGCGAAACAAUAUCUGUAUCACAAGGAAGCUAUUGUAUUGAAGCAUUUCAUUGGGGCACACCAAAUCAAUUACAUCAGUUAAAUUUUAUCAGUCCAUAUAUGAUAUGAAAGUGAUGUUGACAUGUUGACUAAGAAAAUGAUGUUGACAUGUUGACUAUGAGAACAAUUUUGACAUGUUGACAUGAGCCUCAUAAGAUCCAGGAAAUCCUUAUGCUGUGUCUUGAUAAUAGUCUAGUCUGUUCGAGUUGCAUUGUGCCUAUUGGCUUAUUAACAUUAUUGUCAAAAUGUUGACAGAUUUGAAGACUUGUAAUCUUUUGAAUUCACCUGGAAUUUAAGUUUAAUUUUCCAUCUGGCAAUCUGAAAGUCCUUUUAUAUGUCACAUGUCCACAAAAUGAAAAUACCACUUGUUCCACAGUAUUUAUUGGUUUUAUUUAUUUGAUUGGUGUUUUAUGCCGUGCUCAAGAAUAUUUCACUUAUACGACGGCGGCCAGCAUCAUGGUGGGUGGAAAGCAGAGCCCGGGAAAACUCAUGACCAUCCACAGGUUGCUGGCAGAACUUUAAGGGAGCACCUAUCUCAGGACAGCAUUGCACCUGUGACUGUCCCUAACAAAAAAUGUCUUAGACUGAAGGUCACACAGGUGAUAAUUUUAACCUCUGGAACUCUGGAUUUGCAGGUAACAGUGAAGAGUGCCAUUUUAUCCAAUAGAAUAUUUUUAUCAAUAACUCAAAAACGUUAGUGUUUACAACAACGACAAUAUUGCUCAUUAUCUGGAAUGAAAAAUAUGACAACUUUCACAAAUAGGAAAAAUCAAACAUCUGGAAAAAAUGAUUUAUUUAUGUCAAAUGAAUGAAGAGAAGAAAACUUUCAUACAUAACAUACAAAGCAUUUAAAAAAUUGGUUCUAAUUUGUAUAAUCUGUUUUCAUGGUGCUUUUAAAACUCUAAUUUUUUAAAAAUUUUCUUGUGCUACUUGGGGCAAAAAAUACAGCAAAUUCCUGAAAGUAUUCAAAAUCAAAUUUAACCCACCAUGAUUUCCCACUUCUCUUUUCACUAAUGAUUUUCUCUUAUUGGAUAGUUAUCGUCCAGAAACGUGAUAAUUGGUGUUUCACUGUUUGUUCGUGUCAAAAGAUAAUUGGCUGUUUUAUCAGAAAAUUUUACUGUCCAGUAUUAAUAUUUGAUAGAGUGUUUAAUUAAGUUUUUAUAAUAAGGUCAUGGCAAAGAAAGUACAACUCUAAAGUAUGUAAAGUUAGUUUAACGUGUAAUGUUUUAGAAAAUAGGCAUGUGCGGAUUUUGUUUGAAUGGAUAAAACAGUGAAAUGUGUGAUUUGAUUUUCCCUGUGAUGGGAGUGACUUCAGGCUACUUGCUACAAAGUGCUCAACUCCUGGGGCAGUAGUGGAUAUUUUGUGACAGGUAUCAUCCCUAGCUCGUGAUGUGGACAAUUUCAGUACAGCUGAUUCGCAGCGAAAAAAGAGGACAAUCUUACAGGCAAAGGUCUUAAUAAUUUCUUAUGGUAUUUGUUUACAAAUUUGUCUGAGCGGAGGGAGAUACUCCACCCAUGACGGCCAUUUUAAGAGUAUCCUCUUUAAUACACCUUUGCAUUGUUUGGAAAACGUUCAUGGCUGCAUUUUCAUGUCAAAACUUGUGCUACAUACCCUGUGAUCUUGUCUGUUUUUCUGGAUUGCUGUUUGUAUUUUUCUUUCCAAUUUUGCAUCGAAAACGAUCCCAAAGACUACUAAAACUGUUUUUUGUUCUGUAUAUAGACGGGUUGAGUGAGGGACCUUGUUUUCUAGACAUUUUGGAGCAAUAUUGCUCAUUAUGUUUUUAUCAGAUUUAUUAGAUCAACAUUUACAUACUGUAAGCUCCUUAUAUUAGUAGAAACUGUGUCUUAACCUGCACUUUUCAUACGUCUGCACUGUAAGCCAAAUUAAUAGUGAAAGUAAUUAAAAAUACUCAUUAAAGUUAAUUUGUAGAUAAUUGUAUGAUAAGUUAACGGGCAGGUAAUGGCUGUGCGUAUAUUAAGGGGGUUUCUUUGAAUGUUCGAAUUCCUUUUCGCUGCUCUACUCUUGGGGCCUUCCUGGCAGUAAACGUUCAACAUAGCCCAUAAGUCUUUACUGUGUAAAACUGAUGGUUAUUUGAUCAGUUAAGCAUCUUUGAGGAAACAUUGUUGAUAUGUGAAAUAUAACACCAAUCAAUCAGCGAUCAAUUUUGAUCAAUCAAAAUUGUGAGUUAAAAUGUCUAAUUAAUCGAAACCUGGGAAAUAUUUCAU